AGAAACUAACCUUCACAAUCGGUUAACGAGUUUGGUUGUCAUUUUAAAAUAAUCUGUCGAUGUUGAUGUUUUAUUUUCAUGAAAGCUUUUAAAAUUAUAGCGACUUAGCUCGUCAAAAAAUUAUCUUAUUUGUCUUUAAAGUAGAAUUCUUAUAUACGCAUGAGAUCAACAUAACGUAAAUUUGGUAUUCCGAUCGUGAAAUAGUAAAAAAAAAGAUGGAUUUGGAUAGAAAAAAGGCAAUUGGCAUUGGAUGUGUUGUUUCGGUGUGCUUGAGUAUGUGGCUUUCUGGAAUUCUCUGGCAUGUUCUAACUGCCACACUGGCAGUUUGUGUGUCCUGGUACUGUUCCAGAAAUGAAACGGUUAUCAGACACAUGAGACUCGUCAAAGAUUAUAUUGUCAAAAUCGUUGUUGGUUUGAUUACUAAGUAUGUUAUAAAGGUAAAAAUUGAAGCUGAUGAAACAGAUGGGCUUAGUAGAGAGAGUCCGCCCAACAGUUUACACAGGGAGGUGGAUCAGGUGAGAGAACAGAGUCGACCGAAUAUCUUACGGCAAGGACAAGAUUCAACGAGAGAUGAGAGAAACGAAGCUGUACCCGUUCCACUGAUUAGUCCGGGGAGAUCAUUUGUAGAUACAAAUCUGCAAGGGGGUAACUCUGGAUCAACAAGGCCUUCACCAGAAGGUCUGGAAUCAAAUUUCAGAAGGGUCUCUGACUGCAGUCUACACGACGACACAAGUGGCAUACAGACGGACGAUUCUACCAACAGUGAUGGUGACGACGAUGAUGCAUUCUCAGAAAAUGAUCAGGCAACGGGCGUUAAUUCUGCUCCAGCACCAUGCCCACAACCAGCAAGAGUUGUGGUCAAGCAGGACAUUGACCUUCUCCUCAUUGGAAAAACUGGCCAUGGCAAAAGUGCAACCGGAAAUUCAAUCGCGCAAAGAAAAGUCUUCAGCACGUCUUCCGACGCCUCCUCGGACACGUACGAUGUCCAGGAGCUUUGGACGGACAUUGAAGACUACACUGUGCAUGUGGUCGACGGCCCGGGGGUUGGUGAAACUCGAUUAGACAGCGUCAAAGCUACAGAGAAAGCCUGCAAGGAUAUGGCUGAAGCAGUGACGCGAUGUCCCAAUGGAUUCCAUGCUCUGUUAAUGGUCCUGAAGUUUGGCGUGAGGUUCACUGAGGAAGAACAAGAAACGAUCUGCAUGUUGAAAAGUAUAUUCGGUGAAAACAUAGUGAGGGAUUAUUGCAUUAUUAUCAUGACCUACGGUGAUAGUUUUGAUCUCAAUAAAGAAGAUAUGAAUGUUGAAAAUUUUCCUGAAUGGCUGAGCAAGCAGUCUGGCCCACUUAAACACCUGUUGAUUGAGUGCAGCUACAGGUGUAUAUUGUUCAGAAACCGAACAAAAGACGAGAAAGAAAAACGAGACCAGGUGAUUGAAUUGCUGCAGAUGGUUCGAACCCUGAAACACCGAGAGGUCAGGUACACGAGUUCGUUGUUCGAAGUCGUGAAGAACGGAAGGGAGAAACUAAUCGUUCAGGCGAAAGAACCACUUAUCAAAGCUGAGAUUAUGAAAGAAACGAAUCUAAUCAUUGAGGCUAUGAGUCGUUUAAAAAUCACAGAUGAAAAUUUGAAUGAAAUUGACACAGAGUUAUCUACUAUUGGUCAAAAGAUUGAGAACCUCAGCCAAGUUAUCAAAAGUGAAGACAAAGAGACGGGUGCUUUAAAUUAUUUACUUGAAGAAAUCGAUAAACUCAAUUCCACUCUCGCGCAGAUAAAAGUAUCGAAACAAAAUAAAAAAGACGAUUUAAUGAAAAGGCAGCUACUGGCUAAAGAACAUGAGGUAAAAAUGGAAGAGAUGAAAAGAAAGAAGGCUGAAGAAGAGAACAAGUAUUUGGUACAAUUAAGAAAUGCAAGCGAAAAUGAAAAAAGUGAGAUUUUGCAAAAAAUGAAAGAAAAUGAACAGUCCGCGAAGAAGCGCGAAGAAAACAUACUCAAAGAGUUUAACGCCAAGAUGCAGAAAGUAAAAGAAGAAGAGGAUAAGCGAUGGAAAGAAAACGUGAAGAGUUUGAACGAUACGCAUCAGCAACAAAUUCAGAAAUUACAGAAACAUUACACAGACAUGACGAAGAUGAACGAGUCGGUAAUGAAGAGUCAAAUCAAAGAACUGACAGAAAAAAUUGAAGAACUCCAAGAAAACUGCCGGCCACCACGCCGAGACCCCAACAAAGUAGACCUGAGAUGUGUGGACCAACAGCGUAAGUGCAUCAACGUGGAGCUCGGUAGGUACGAGCCCAUGAGUAUCUUGAUGAGGGCGUACUGCGAUAAGUACAACUAUCAGAUGAGUACCAUCAAGUUUAUGUACGACGGGGACCGCGUGCAGGAGGCCGACACGCCCGAUAAGCUGGGCCUAGAGGAUGGAGACGCUAUAGAGGCCUUCUCUCAGCAAGUGGGCGGGGUCCCCUCGGAUGUGAAGAAUUAAAAGGCUUUUUUAAAUUUGUUUUUUUUAUCCAUG